AUGGUUAUGUGUCCCUGCAAGUGGCUUAGGGCAGGGUCAGGGUCUUUGAGGUGUGGAGCGGUUGAGAGGUGGAAGUCGUACCCGGUUUCAGAGGCUGAGAGAGAAGAGAGGUUUGUUCAUCGCCUCUCUCAGGAACAGAAGGAUCCGAGCUCAGCAUCAGAGUUGAUUCAUCCUUCAACUACGAAGCUCCUAUGUUGUUUUGAGCUAUCAAGAGAGGGAUUUGAGGGUCCUGGAGUGGAUCUGGAGCUAUUUGGAAGAGGGAGGGAGGAUUCGAAGAAUACCCAGACUCACAGAGCUUGGAGCAAUCAACUGGCAAAUUUGAGAGGGUCAGAGAGGAAUUGGAGGAGACUCAGAUCCCCAAAGUCUGUUUUCUGUGUUUUCCUAAUUGAGAUUUCUGUUAUUCUUUCGUCACUUUGA